AUGAUAUCUACUGAGUCAAAACUACAAGAUGAACAAGGGAAACUCAAGAAGAUUAAUGAGGAGAUAGGACAAUUAAAAGUGCAAGUGACUAGUUCGUAUCUUCUGCCAAUACUAGCGAAACAAGAACAGUUUCAGUUAAUCCACAUACACAACAUCAACAACGAUAAUGAUGCUUCAAAAGACUUACAAAACUUGUCUAUCACACAAUUGAAUUCCAAAUCAGAGACUAUCAAUCGACAGAUUCAAGAAUUGGAGAAAUUAAACAAUAUCAAGACCAAUAUGGACGAGAUUGAAAAAUUGCUAUCCAAUUUAAAUUUGUCUAUAAAUUCAUUGCUUGAUUUACAACAUCUAAGUCAUUUAUUUAAACAAAUUCAGGCUAUUCCAUCAUUGAACUAUAUGAUCUACAAGCAAGUGAUCCGAAGAGUUGCAUCAUUGCAUAUUACAUUUGUUGAACUUUUGAAUAAUUACUUGAAUUUGAUUGUUCCUGAUGAAUUUACCAUACUUCAUGGUUCCGUAAUUGGUGAUUUCAACCAAUUCGUUAUAAAGAAUGGAUACAACUUGAGUGUUUAUGCUGAAUAUAAAACCAAAUGGGAUGAGCUAAUCGAUCGGAUGUUUCAUAGUCACGAAAUAAAGUUAGUCUAUAAUGGUGGUGGUAGUAAUAAUGAAGAAGAUGAUGAACAAUUGGAAAUGAAGGAAGUGGAAGGAACGGACUUUAUUUCAUCAUUAAUCAACUUUGUUACUUUUAUCAAUAAGAUCAAUCAUGCACAAAUUAAGAAUUAUUUGAAUUCGAAAAUAUCCAAAUUAGUUGCUGGUCAAUUGUUUCAAAAUGUUGAAAAGAUCAUUCGUGAUCAAGAGCAAAUCAAUCAAUUGAAUGCAUUAAUGAUACUUUGUGAAGAUAAUGGUUGGAAUUUUCUAAACAAGAUUGAAGGAAGUGGGACAAUGGAAGAACGGUUGAACAAGUUACAUAUAGAUUGGAUCAUUGAUGACUAUGUUGGAAAAAUAAAAACAGUUUUGAAUACAUCGUCGCAUUUCACCGAGUUGAAGGAAGUUCAAGAAGAAGUAAGGGAGAAACGCGAGGAUACCAUAACGAAUGAUAAUGACACUGAUUGGAACGAGAGCUGGGACGACGGAUGGGAUGAGGAAGAAGAAGAGAAUCAAGCAAAUGAUUCACCACAGUUGAAACAGCGAGAAGAUUUGCAAAAACACGGUCAAGUUAAAAUAUCACAAAUUCCACAACAGCUAGAGCUUUUAUUCAAACAAUACUCAAAAUACUCCAAAGAUAUAAGCUAUUUGGUAUCUACCAUCAAAGCGCUUUCCCUAGUUCAAUAUCCAUCGUUGGCAUCUUCAUUUGUUAUGUAUAAUGAUUUUAUAAAGCUAGCUCAAAUCACUGGAGAUAACUCACUAAUUUCGUUCAUUGAUAGCAAUUGGAAUCAAAUGACUUUGCAGUUUAUUCAAGAAUUGAAGACAUUAAUCUCUUCCUUAAAUUUAGAGUCAGAAGUUGAUAUGGAAGAUGAAAUUUUGGACGAUUACAAUCUUAAUCAAUUGAGUUUGAUUUACAAAUGGUUUCAAACAUUCUUUGAAUCAAGACAAUUUCGUCAAACCAAUUUUGGUAAAUUUCAGCAAUUGAUUACAGAGUUGGUUGAUUUUGCCAAUAUGUGGUUAAUACAAUUGAUAUUUACAAUUGAUGACAUUAGUGAAAAUCAAUGUUUAUUGUACAGUCUCCUAAUUGACAAUUUAAACAAUAUAACUAUUCCCAUUUUGGGUGAAAUUGGAGUAUCCAAAUCAUCAAUUGACUCAUUCAAUAAAGCAAAUAAUGUCAGGUUUCUAUUGAAUAACCAUUUGAAAGAUAUAAUUGAUCGCUUUUAUCAAGGUGAAUUAUUUGAUUUAGCCACUGGUGAAAUGGUUAAUAUGAUCAGAAGUAUUUUCAUUCAAAGCGAAAUCAGGGACAAUUAUAUCAACGAAAUCAUUGAAUUUAGGAAUAUGAGUUGA